AUGGUGCUUCUGUCCUUGUGGGAGGCUCGCACCUUUCUUGGCAAGUCGUACAACAUAGGCACGAGUAGGCACGGCAGCAAGGCCAAGGUGCUGGCUAAGGGUCUCAAUACGGCGCCUUUAAAGACUCAGGGUGUGCAUGGAGACAAGUUUUGGGAUGGGGUCGACUCUCACAUGAAAGCCCUACAAAACGAGGAAAUAAUGGCGAGGACAUGCCGGUCACUCGUUGAAUUGAUGAAUGUUGACAAGGAGUUCAAGGUGGCCAACGAAGACGACUGGAUGGCCAUCGAUGAGCAUGGGACACCCAGCAAGGAAGAGGUUGCCGACGCGCCGCAUACGCGUCGAAAGAGGAAGGCCGGAGCUACGCCAGGUGGACGCAAGAAGCGGGCGCGGUCGACUCCUCAGCCUGGUAAACGUCGAUACCGUGCCAGGCGGGAGUUCUCGUGUCUGUCCCGUCGUCUCCCGCACCAUGCGCAGAUUCAGAAGACCAAGUCGUCCACAUGA